UGAGACGGCAACAGAACGACGGGACCUCACAAGCGCGCAGGCUAAGCCAUCUCCACAUGCGGCUUCGCAUGGUAUUCCUGGAGCCGAUGGAUGCAUGAGGCGUAGGAGGUAGGACAAGUUGUUGGGAGUGAAGCCUGCUCUAUCCACCAUGAACUCCUCCUCUUCCCUCCUGUUCCGCCGAGCAGCCUCGCGCUGUCACCCGUCGUCCCUCCAGCGCAGCCAACGCCGCUGGGCUCAAGUGCACGAUGUCCGCUUCUUCGCGCUGCACCCGCCGCUCAACGACAAGAUCCAGGAACGAUACCGCGACAAGCUGCGGCAGAAGGCGCGCGAGAAGGGCGUCGACGACGUGGAGGAGCUGAAGCAAGUCUACCAGGAGCGCAUCUCGCAGCUGCGCAAGGAGAGCCUCGUACCGGGCCUCAAUGCUCCUCUGACCGAACAACACCAACCACCGCCCACCCCUCAGAAUGCCAGCGCGAGCAUCCCCUACCAACCCCCGCCGCCCCCUCAACCGCUCGUCGAUCCCGCUAUCCAGAAAGUUACCAAGAGCGAAAGUCCCGUUAAGACGCUCGCCUCCUUCAUCGAUGUGGAAAAGACGGCACAACUACCUCACAAGGAGAUCGAGACCAUCUGGCGGCUACGGCAUGUUCGCGACCCACAGUCGCUAUGCGCUGCCAUGCAAGCCGACACUUUUAAGCGUAUCUUUCAGACGGCAAAGAAACACCCACAAUUCAUCCUUCCCCUCCCACGGCCUGAGCAAGGCGCGGAAAUACACUUUCUACAAUGGACAUUUCCCACCGAGACCACCGCGACAGUACUCUUUACACACCUUGCCGAGUUCAAGAUGCGGGGGGAAUACGCUCAGCCCCAUACCACGAUCACGCAUCAUCUAGAUCUACUGGACAGCAAAGGCUUGGUGCUGCUAGAAGGGAGAGUGCAGGAGAAUAGAGGCAUCAGUGUGGAUGAGGGCAAGUUCUUGUUAAUGAACCUGCAGAAGUUCUAUGGCUUCGAGGCCAUUAGCGCAGUGGCGAAAGAGAGCAAGGAGAAGAGAGGCAAGCUCAUGGAGCAGUUUAGUGGUGGCGAUGAGACCUUCAAUGUGGAAGAAUUGCUGGAAGAGGCAGAGAAAGUGCCGUGAGGUGCAGUGUAGUCGAGGUGUACGAUUAUAAGCGGCGAUAUGAUGAGUAUUGCGCUUGCACGCAGUCGCUAGCCAGAAGACGCACAGACCUGUCAGAGGAACGCAGGGAGUGGAGAGAAUCAGUCAGGCUUGUACCUCGACACUAACUCUCUGAUGGCAGCAGCUCCGGUCCUGCUUAGAAUAGAAUGGAAAAAGUCAGACCACACAGAGACCAGUCACGACUACAGCUGGCUCGAGAUGGAUACUCACGACCCCACGAAGCACUGUCUAUCUUCACCACCACACCUUUUUCUCCAGUGUCAUAGGCGUCAAGUCUUGAUUUGGCUUCUUUGUUGAGGGAUGAGGAGGCAUUGUGGUGACGAGAGGAACGAUGAUGAUGCUCUCUUUUGAGGGAUGUGUGCUAUCAUUGAAAGCUGGUUCGUGCUAAUAUCCAACCCUUUAUUUAGCAGAUGGUCAAUAUGACUGCAUUCAAGAAGCUGCAAUCUCACUCGCAUCGAUGUCACCGCGUCGUCGAAAAGAAGAUCGAACAAUGAAUAGAGCAACAAAGACAAAGAAGCAC